AUUUGUUUAUUAAAAAUGUCGCUGUUGGGCGCCUUUGCCAGAUUGGGAAUACAGCGAAGUGGCGGAGUGGCCGGCGCAAUCGUUGCACGUUCUCUCCAAACAACUCCUGUCCUCUGCGCCGAACCCCAAAAAAAGAAGAAACUAGAUCCGCAGAUCGUUAAACAGCGGGAGGAUCGCAGAAAGAAAAAGAUAGAGAAGCAGAUUCGCCGUCUGGAAAAGAAUGCGCGGCAGCUGAAACCCGUAGAAGAACUGGAGGUCCCACUGGAGCUCAUCGAUGAUAAAGACAAACGUCAGAGGAAGCUAACCCCAUUGGGCAGCGCAAAGCUGGAGGAACGUGCCCUUCUCAAGAAACAGUGGGCGCACUACAAACACGACGAGCGCGUGGCCGACUUCCAAAUCAUCGACCGACUGGUCCAGGCGCAGAACAAGGCUCUGGCGGAACUGCGGCGCGAAUCCGAAGAGCUCUACCAGGCGGCCAUCGAAGUGGACCCCCAGUUGCUGCCUGUCUCCGUCAAAGGACCUGUGGCCACGCCCCCCAUUAAAAAUUAUGCCAGUCCCGAUGGCGACUACCUGCACCAGUCCAUGAAAUGGGAGGUCAAGUGAGGUGUACCGAAGGUCGAAGAUUGGAAAUAAACAAAACCCUUAAUCCUA